AGAAGAAGAAGAAGAAGAAGAAUGAUCCGGUUCACCUCCAGGUGGCGACCUGGCCAGAAUCUCACGAAUGACGUUGUUCCGGUUUUUUUUAGUUGGCUUGAAUGGCGCAGCGGGGAGAAUAACAUCCAGCAUGUCGAAAAGGAAAGUGACGUUUGAGGAUGGAGAUGGGGAGAUCACUUUGGAAGAUGCUCCAAAGAAGAAGAUUGUUGAUGGUGUGAGUGGCCCAGGAUCCAGAUUUAAGGAGAAACACUCUUUGGACAGUGAUGAGGAAGAUGAAGGAGAAGUUGGAGAAAAUAGCAGCAAAUAUGACAUCCUUGCAAAUGAUGAUGUGGAAGGUGUGUGA